AUUCACUAUUAUCAUUCUCUUUACAAAGAAAUACAAGAUGGCAAUCUCCUCUCACAUUUUUGUUGACUUUCUCUCCAUUUUCCUCCUCCUCCUUCUUCCCAUUUCUAUUGUUAUCGCAGAUGAUCCUCCUUUUCCAUUUGAUAAAGUAUGUGAAGAAGUGAACUGUGGAAAGGGAAACUGCACACCCGGCGUGGAACAUCUGCCAUUCGGAUUCUCAUGCGAAUGUGAUCCCGGUUGGAAGCGAACUCGCGACAACGACGACGAUCUCGUCUUUCUUCCUUGCGUGAUCCCUAACUGUACUCUCGACUAUGGCUGCCAGCCAGCGCCACCGCCGGUGCCGGAGAAACCUGUUCCGAAGAACUCAUCUUUCUUCAACCCUUGCUAUUGGGCAUAUUGUGGACAAGGAGAUUGUGUGCAAAACAGAACUUAUAUACACACAUGUGAAUGCCAAUCUGGCUACUAUAAUCUCCUCAACAUCUCUACCUUCCCUUGCUAUAGUGAUUGUACCAUAGGAUCCGAUUGUGCAAAGCUUGGAAUUAAAGUUGCAAAUGUGAAUGGUACUGAUAAUGGGAGUGGUUCUGGAAAUGGCACUGGACAUGGAAACUCAAUUCUACCAGGAAAAUUUCAGUGGGUAGCUUUAGCAAUUUUAUUUGCCAUGGCUAUGGAGCUUUGGAACUAGCACAUCCUUCUUGUUUAUAUAUAUAUGUAUAAAUUGGAUAUUCAUUUUGGUUGUCACACUUUCAUAUAGAUCAUUAUUCUUAUAUCUUAUGUUUGGAGUUUUGGUAUAUAUAAUAAAUAAAUCGUAUCCCUAGUCCUUUGUAGGCUGGUGGUGAUUGAUUUUUUUGUAUUUGUUUUGUACAUUCAUAUUGAUGUUAUUAUAUUAUUACUGGUUUUUAUUUA